CGUCGUAAAAAUGCCUGUAAUUAGCACAAAUGGAACAAAUGGCAUAAACCGCGUGCAUGCUCCUGCACCCAACCGUUUCCUCAUCUGGGGCGGCAACGGCUGGAUCGCCGGCCUUCUCAAAGACCUCCUCCAACACCAAGGCAAAGAAGUCUUCACCACGACAGUCCGCAUGGAAGACCGUGACAAGGUCGCCAAAGAACUUGAAGCCAUCCAGCCAACACAUGUUCUUAACGCUGCUGGCUGCACCGGCCGACCUAACGUCGAUUGGUGCGAGGAUAACAAGGCGCAGACCGUCCGCUCCAAUGUAAUCGGAACUCUGACUCUCGCAGAUGAAUGUUCUCAACGGGGUGUUCACUGCACUGGUUUUGCAACUGGGUGUAUCUAUCAUUUUUAUUCCAUGACCAAGGCCCACGUUGAACCUAUCUUGGCUAGUUUUGACAACGUUUUGAUCCUCCGCCUUCGCAUGCCAGUCAGCGAUGAUCUCAACCCACGAAACUUCGUUACCAAGAUAUCCAAGUACGAAUUCGUGGUUGACAUACCCAAUAGCAACACCAUACUUCAUGACCUCCUCCCUGCAUCAAUCAUCCUCGCUGAGAACAAGGAUACUGGGGUCUUCAACUUUACAAACCCCGGUGCUAUCUCGCAUAAUGAGGUGCUUGGUCUCUUCAAGGAGAUUGUGCGACCAGAAUUCACAUGGAAGAACUUUAGUAUUGAGGAGCAGGCCAAAGUGAUCAAGGCUGGACGGAGUAACUGUCAACUGGAUACUACUAAGCUAGUGAAGAAGAUGAACAGUUAUGGGUAUGAGAUACCUGAGGUGCACAAGGCCUACCGGCAGUGUUUUGAGAGGAUGAAGGCUGCGGGGAUCCAGUAGUUGUCCAUGCUGAUCGAGAGUCUCUUAUUACUUUCUACAAUCCGGCUGUCAAUAUUCGUCGAUAGAUAGACUCUCCAUUUAUCUUCAU